AUGGACAACACAGGUAACGCUGCCACCUUGCGGAACGGACCACAGCCCGCUGGCUCCAUUACCGGGAUGGACUCCUGCCUGCUGCUGGACCCUGAUGUCGCGGCCGUGCCACACAUCUACUGGUCUGACUACCAUCUUGACAUGAAUUUGAAUGCCGAGACCAAUGGAGUGUUCGCCCUCACCGAGGCCGGCCCUCUUCAUGUAGUUCCUGCCCAGAUGCACCUUGGCACUGAGGCUGGUUUGCCGGACAAUUCCUCACCUAGCUCGUGGGAUUGCUUUUCCAGCUCCAUCUCGCGAACUUCUUCUCCCGCCACCAUCGAUGACACCUGGCUUUCUGCGCCCAUGAGCCCGCAUUCGUCUCCCGACAUGAAAUGCCAGUCACCAAGUCUGAAAAGCCCUGAGCGGAAGCUGCCCAUGAUGCCAGAGGAUCGAAAUGGACAGGCCCUCGCCCAACUGGAUGAAUCCGGCCUCUCUCAGACACUUGCUUCCCGACGACAGAGCAGUGAUGGUGAGUCAGCCAGGGAUCAUGCGCUGUACAAAAAUGCCACGAUCCGUGACGAUGGCCUCUUCCAUUGCCCGUGGGAGGGCCAGCAGAACUGCAACCACAAGCCCGAGAAGCUCAAGUGCAACUACGACAAAUUCGUGGACUCGCAUCUCAAGCCAUACCGCUGCAAGGCCGACAGCUGUGAGGGGGCUCGCUUCUCAUCCACGGCUUGUCUUCUUCGCCACGAGCGCGAGGCCCAUGGCUUGCAUGGGCAUGGCGACAAGCCGUAUCUUUGCGUGUACGAAGGCUGCGAGCGCGCCGUUCCCGGCAAUGGAUUUCCCCGCCAAUGGAACCUGAGGGACCACAUGAAGCGCGUACACAAUGACCAUAGGACUGCCGCCGGCUCGCCGCCAUCUGCAGCCGGGGCACAGUCCGCUAAGGGUCGCAAGAGGAAGACGGAUGUUCCCGAACCACAAACUGCCGCAAGCCGCAAGGCUACGGUGAAGAGCAUGCCAGUGGCAGAGCCAGUGCAAUCCUCCAGGCCGCUCCUCGAGCAGUGGAUGGACCACCGCCGAGCAGUCGAGGACAUGGUUCGAGGGCUGGGUAAGCCUGAAGACUCGAGGAAUCUCCAGCAAAUCACCGAGGUCCAAAAGCACCUGUCCGUCAUGGCCAAGAUGACGACGGAGCUCACUGCUAUGCCAAGAUCGGAGGUGUUCCCCCCCCCAGGCCGUAAGAGCUACGUCUCUGGUUGA